AUGUCUUUCCCCCAGGACAUGGUGUUUCUGGUUCUAGUGCUCCCUCUGCUGGUGGGGAGCACCCCUAUUUCUCAGGAAACAGACUGCUCUGAUGUCUAUGCUAAUGGACAAACACUGAGUGGAGUGUACACCAUCUACCCUGCAGGUGAAACACCUGUACAGGUGUACUGUGACAUGGGCUGUUUGGGAAGCCAAUCAGAGGAUGGGAGAUGGACGGUGUUUCAGAGGAGAAUGGAUGGCAGUGUGAAUUUCUACAGACCAUGGAAGCACUACAAGAAUGGUUUUGGGAACAAAUACGGAGAAUACUGGCUGGGAUUAGAGAACCUCUAUCAGCUCACACACAAGAGGAAGUAUGAGUUGAGAGUGGACCUGGAGGACUUUGAGGGUGUGACAGUGUAUGCCCAGUACUCCGCUUUUUCUGUGGAAUCUGAAACUGAAGGAUACAAACUCCAUGUUAGUGGCUUCACCGAUGGAGGAGCAGGUGACUCACUGACCAUACACAACGGACAGAAGUUCUCCACCUUGGACAAAGACCAGGACACUUAUGCGGAUGGGCACUGUGCUAGAUCUUUCCUUGGAGGGUUUUGGUAUGGCGCUUGCCACUAUGCUAACCCCAAUGGAAUAUAUCUGUGGGGAAGUGAUGGCACUCAUUACGCCAUUGGAAAUGUGUGGCGCCAUUGGAAAGGUUAUGAUUAUGGUCUUAAGUCCAUCAUUAUGAAGAUCAGGCCUGUGGCUUAA